GAAGGUGUUGCUAUCACUGAGCGUGAUCAUCAAGAAUUUGAAAAACAUACUUUUUAUAGACAAGAUACUGUAGAUUUUCAUUUACCAUUAACUGAAAGAUGUAAAGCUUGGGUUAAAGGCCUUCGCAUAAAUGAUGAUACUUUUAAUAAUAAUGUUACUGGAUUAAUACAUAUGACUCCUAAUGAGGCUGUAAAAAGAGCAUUAAAAGGUAAAAAAAUAUUUGCAGAGCCAGCAGUAAAACAUAGAAGACCUGUUGGAUUUGAAGAACCAC